CAAAAAGAUGUUUAAAUGUUUUAUACACGCAUUGACAAUCUAGGGGCCGGCCUAUAUUAAUCGUCAUGUGCCAUGUAUCCAGGGUAUUUGUAUUUGUCUAAGCUUGAGUUUGUUCUGUCUCCUUCCACGUCUGAAGAUCUAUGAUAGACAAUUACCUGCUGUUUUCAUACACCACAAAAACUUUCGGGGGAAAGUAUGAAGUCUACACAACAGAUUCGUGGAUUCAAGAUGUCGACCAGGAACUUUGUUCAUCCACAGAAUUUAGAUGAGGAGGAUUUGGUAGCAGAUUGCUCACCCUAUGCAGAGGCACAUUUUUUAAGAAAGGCUGCACAUCUCUCUAAUAACGAAAAGUGUGAUUCGGUUUGUGACAGUGGUGUGGAUCUGAGGUCGUUUCAAUCGUUUGGAAGUGCAUAUGGAUCUUUGCAGGAGAAGCGACAAGAGACUGAUUUGCUAGAAGCGAAACUGGGAGAUCUCAGUCUAGAAAACCCAAAACACACUACAAACGAUCAAAAGUGCUCGUUAGAUGGCGGUUACAUAAGCUAUCAGGGUCCUGACAUAAGCCUAGAGGAUGCCAAAGAGCAACAAUAUAUUCAAAUAUCUCCGGAGGUCGUGGAACUUUAUAACCAAGAUGUCGAUGGAGAUUCGCAACUUCAUAUGGCAAUCAUCAACUUGCUUGUUCCCAUUGCCUUGUACAUCAUAAACCAGGCUCCCCACAGGGAAUGGUUAGACCAACCAAACAACCUGCUUCAGACUCCCCUCCACUUGGCAGUAAUGACCCGUCUCCCUCAAGUUGUAAAAUCCUUAAUUGAUGGAGGGGCAGAUAUUGAAGCUAGAGAUUGCAAAGGGGACACACCUCUCCAUAUCGCUUGCAGAGAGGGUUUCGAUGACAUUGUUCAGAUUUUGUUGACUCCAACUAGUGGUAACCAAGAAGUUUCGCAGGAUUUGGAGGCUCGCAAUUAUGAUGGUCAGACCUGUUUGCACCUGGCUGCAGAACAUUCACACCUCCCCAUCAUUCGCUUAUUGGUUUUGUCAGGGGCCAACCUCAAUAUACAGGAUGGAAAGAGCGGAAAAACUAUCAUCCAUUAUGCAGCAGAAAUGGGAAACGUUCUUCUUUUAGAGUUCUUAUUGCAAUACCAUAACAUCAACAUUCAGUCCAGGACGUACAGCGGUCUGACGGCUAUCAUGUUAGCGGAUGGCCGGGGUUACCAUGACAUUGUCCAUCAGUUACAACGUUUCGGAGGUUCACUAGAACAUGUUGCUUUUGAAGAGUCGUCAGAUAGUGAUGAAGAAAUGGUAAGAAUUAUUUUAAAGAAAUCAUCCAUGUUGGUGAAUAUUUUGAAAAAUUUCAUGAAAACAUUCAUUGAGAAGUUUUGGCAGUCAAAUGAUCACCACUAUAAAAUUGAGCCACAUGUAAUAUUCUGCUUUCUUUAAAUUUUUAGAGUUGAAGCAGCCUUGACUGUUUUGUUUUCCAAAACCAACUGGGUCUGCCUGUAGAACCCUUAAGCUGCGAGGGGAAAACUGUCUGAGCCGAAACCAGAGACAGGGAUUAUGAAAGCUCUCCUGCUGGCAGGAUUGAGUCUGACUUGCUAAUCCAAGGACGGUUGUGAUUUAACUUUUACAAUAUUUUACCAUCGGAUUGGCUGGAGAGAAUCCCACAAUCACAAGAUGUGUGAUUUCUUGUUGAUUAUGUUCUAUAAUCAUAUUGGUCUAUAAGGUGCCAAGGCCACAAAAUUUGCACAAAGCCAGUGAUAAUGUUAAAACUCUGUAGAAAUCCUGUAUAUUUAUUAUUGUGAUUGAAUGUGUCUUAACAUGAAAGAGAACUGUAGAUAACAGAUCAAUUCAAUAUUCAUGAAGUAUUUUAUCAUGUUUUUGUUUUUUAUGAUGAUAAGUGAAAUAAAAAAGAAAUUAUACAAA